AUGCCCCUUCAUUCUAACAUGGAGCCUGUCAGCAACCGCUCGAAAGAAUGCGCAAUCGAAACUCUGGCAGCCUCCCACCUUUUGGAGCUGCUUGUCCAUCAUUCAGACAUCCAAGUACCGUCUCUGACCGCCUUGGCAUGCACAGCAAAAGCCUACAACGAAGCGGUGGACCAGUUGUGGCCGUACCUCAUGACCAAGUACGAGGCCGAGUGUGGGAGGGGCCCGGCCGCGGCACUGACGCCCAGGCAUACGCCAGAAGAGGAUGUUGAGAAGAAUCUUGAGGAUGGCUGUGAAGUUUUCGCCGAACGUAUUCCGGGCGGCAAAGGCUUCAGACUGAAGUUCGAAUUUGAGGAAGAAGGGAGCGACUGGACCCGGCAGGAAGCUCUAAUGCCUUUAAAGACCGGAGCUCGCAAGGUAUACCUGCUCACUGCUCCAGAUCUCCGCCUCCUACAACCGUUCAUAGUUCCAGAUUCCAUGGCCCUCCAUUGGAAGUUCAAAUGGAAAUCGGAGGCGGAUGAGAAGACACAAUUGAAAGCCCGUUGCCUGGAUCUGGAACGGAAGCUCGCGCAUGCUCAGAUGACAUUGGCGGUCGCACAAGAACAGGUCGCGGUGUCUGUCGGUUCCAAAGACGAAUUCACGAAGCGGGUCGCUCAGCACAUCAGGGUGCCGAUGCACGGUAUCAUCCAGGUCUGCUCGUCGAUCAUUCAGGACCACGGGGUACUCGCCAGCACGUGCUCCAAGGUCGAGAUCGUCUGCCUGACGAGCACCCAGGUGCUGAGCACUUUGAACGAGCUCCUGCAGAUCAGUUCCACAGAGAACAGCAGAAUGUGCACGGAAAACGUCGCCUUCAACCCGCGGAAGCUGGUGGACGCGGUUCUCAAGCAGGUUGACCAGCAAGUCGAGAGCAAGAACGUACGAGUCGUCCAGCUGGUGGAUGGGCGCACGCCCACCUCACUUGCUGGGGACAUGUCCAGACUCCGGCAGGCUCUCGGGAUCGUUCUCGAAGUGCUUCUGGAUGCGGCACGGGACUCGGAGAUGCUGGAAAUCCGGGUGAAGCCGCUGCACGGCGACGAUCCCCUCCUCGAGUCGAUGAUCUGCUCGAGCCGCUACAUAUCAUGCCUCUACGAGCUGUGUCUGGCCCACCCAGCGGGAGAGGACAGUAUCAUGGUGAGGGUAGGGCGAGACCCUGACCGCGAAGACCCCCAGCUCAUCGCCGUAGCCGGCAGGUUGGAGCUGAUGGGCUGGCGGUUGAUGCGCUCGGUCGACAGCAGGGCUUUUCAGAUUAUCGUCCACGUCAAGCGCGCUCUAGAGGGGAGCGGGGCCAGCCAGCGGUAUAGCCUAAGUCGCGACGUGCUCCUCAAGGAACGCAAGCUGACCAUCUUGCUCAUGGAGGAGAAUCCGAUUUUCCGAAGCACGAUCUGCCAGCAGCUUGGGCAGGAAGGGCACACCGUGGACGUCGUGCGCAACGAAUCGGAGGUAUGCAAGCUCGCUGAGGACGGUACGAUACAUUUGAACAGAGUACGGCUGCGUGCUGAUCGACACUACCAGCGGGGCCAAGGACCUCCUCGACUGCAUAAGGCAACGCGAAGACUGAUGCGAUGCAACAAGAUGCCAGUGGUCCUGAUGGUGGGUCACGGUUUCGAAGAUUGGGAAGUGCGUUACAAGGAAGCGGGAAUCGACACGUACCUCCUCAAGCCGUGCACGAGCGAAGUCCUCAAAUCUCGCAUAGGAGACGCCAUCAGCGCCGCGACAGCCCUCGUCGACAUCGAAGAAUUGUCGGAGCAGAGUCUCUCGAACGAGAGCGUUCUGUCUCAGUCUGAGCUUCCACUGAAGCAGUAG